AUGUAUAGGUUCGUCAGCCGUUUGGAGCUGCGCCAGCAGCUGAACUGGACCCACCACGACGCCCAGUUCGUAUGCAAGGCCGAGGUGCCCCGCAUCUCCAGUUUCGUGCGGCAGGAGGUCACUCUCAAUGUGCUGCACGCCCCUGUCUUCACCAAGCAGUACUACGAGGACGCGCUGGUGGUCGGCGAGUCGCGCAUCAUCAGCUUGGUCGCGCCGGCCAACCCGGCCGUGCUCUCCUACGCCUGGUCACGUGACGCCGCCGGUGACGUCACGCUGACGUCAGCGGACGGCGUGAUGAACCUGACGUCGGUUGGAAGAGAGGACGCCGGCUGGUAUCGGCUGGAAGCCACCAACGCACUCGGCUCCGCCACUGCCCGGCUUCACGUCGAUGUCCUCUACGGGCCCGAGUCAGUGCGCGUGACGUCUGCCCUGGUGGCUCCGGGGCAGGACGCCGAGCUGCGCUGCGAGGCCGACGCCCACCCGGCGCCGUCGGACGACGCCGGCCUCUUCAUCUGCCGCGUCGACAACGGGGUCGGCCCUCCCGUCCUCGCCACGGCCGCGCUGCGAGUGAUGCCAGAGGCCAUGACCCAUCCUCCUCCUCGGCAGACGCCGUGA